AUGAGGACACCAAAUCUGUUCAGCAGGAGGAGACCUGCUGAGGCAACGGCGGCCGGCAGCAAUGCUGGUGCCGUUUCCGUUUCCGAGGGCAAAGAUGGACACGUCCUCGAGGGCAACGACCACUUUGACGAGCGAGUUGGCGAGCUAGAGCGCAAGCGUGACGCCAAGAGACAGAUUGGAAUUGUGUCAGCCACCUUCCUCAUCGUCAACCGCGUCAUCGGCACCGGCAUCUUCGCGACGCCGGGCACCAUCCUGGCCCUGUCGGGCAGCGUCGGCCUGUCGCUCUUCAUCUGGGUCGCCGGCAUGCUGAUCGCGCUGGCCGGCACGGCCGUCUUCGUCGAGCUGGGCACGGGCCUGCCCACCAACGGCGGCGAGAAGACGUACCUCGAGUACAUCUACCGCCGCCCCAAGUUCCUCGUCACGGGCAUGUACACGGGCUACGUGAUCCUGCUGGGCUGGGCCAGCGGCAACUCGGUAAUCUUCGGCGAGUACAUCCUCAACGCUGCCAAUAUCGAGGCCGGCCGCUGGAACCAGCGCGGCAUCGGCCUCGCCUGCAUCACGGCCGCCUUCCUGAUCCACGGCACCGCCCUCAAGUGGGGCCUGCGCCUGCAGAACGUGCUCGGCACCAUCAAGAUCGCCAUCAUCCUGAUCAUUGUCGUCGCCGGUUGGGUCGCCCUUGCCGGCCACAUCAAGCUGCCCGAGGACGAGAAGCCCCACAACUUCGCCAACGCCUUCGAGGGCACCACGGGCAGCGCCUACGGCGUCGUCACGGCCCUCUAUAAUGUCAUUUGGAGUUAUAUCGGCUACAGCAACGCCAACUACGCCCUAGGCGAGACCAGAAACCCGGCCCGCACCCUCAAGAUCGCCGCCCCGCUGGCCAUUGGCGUCAUCUCCAUCCUGUACAUGUUUGUCAACAUUGCCUACUUUGCCGCCGUGUCUAAGGAGGAGAUCCUGCGCGCGCGCCGCCUGGUGGCCGCCUCGCUGUUCCGCAACGUGCUGGGCACCGGCGCCGAGCGCGCCCUGUCCGUCUUCGUGGCCCUGUCGGCGUUUGGCAACGUGCUCAGCGUCAUCUUCUCGCAGGGCCGUCUGGUGCAGGAGCUCGGCCGCCAGGGCAUCCUGCCCUUCUCCAACUUCUGGGCCAGCAACCUGCCCUUCAACGCACCGCUCGCCGGCCUGUUCGAGCACUGGGCCAUCUGCGUCAUCACCAUCCUGGCCCCGCCGCCCGGCGACGCCUACAACUUCAUCCUCAACCUCAUUUCAUACCCGCUCGCCAUCGUCAACACGUUCCUGUCGGCCGGCCUCGUGUACAUGUACUUCCACCGCGUGUCGUACAACUGGUACCCGCCCGUCAGCGCCACGCUGCCCGUUGUCGUCUUCUUCAUGCUCAGCAACAUCUACCUCAUCAUCGCGCCCUUCGUCCCGCCCGAGGACGGCCAGAACAUCUACGAGAGCCUGCCCUACUGGAUCCACUGCGUCGUCGGCUUCGCUAUUAUCAUUGCUGGCGGCCUGUACUGGCUCACGUGGGCCGUCAUCCUGCCCAAGCUGUUCAAGUACGAGCUCGUCCAGGAGAAGGUUGUUGACGACAUUGACGGCUGGGAGCGCAACGUCUUUGUGCGCCGCCGCCUGGGCGCCGCUGCGCCGCUCGUGCCCAACAAGCACCUCGACCAGCACACCCCCGUGGAGGACACUGCUCCUGUUGAGCCGCACUUGCACAAAUUAGAUACCCCCCUGCGCGACCAGCAUGCGUUGUAA